CGCAGCCUGGAAGGCAUGGCGCUGCCCCUGGAGGUGCGGGCCCGGCUGGCCGAGCUGGAGCUGGAGCUGUCGGAAGGUUUCGAGAGAGGAUAGCAGCCUGAGAUUUCUGAGUUGUAUCUGGAGGUUCUCCGAGCUGACUGCUAGUGGCAUGAUUUAGUAGUGGAGCUGAAAUAGAACACCUGCAUGGAGGUGACAUCACACAAAAAGGAUAUGAAAAGAAGAGAUCAAAAUUGAUUGGAGCCUACCUGCCCCAGCCUCCAACAGCGAAUGGAGCUGCCGUGGUCCGGUGUAGACUGCAGCACAGUGAAGGAGCCCCGAGAAGAAUGCUGCAGGCUGGCAACAUCGGGGUGUGUGACAUCCGAGACGCCGCGGUCAGAGAGCGGGCGGCCAGCACCGCAGGAAACCGGCCACUGUUUUACUUUCGUUUCGGAGUGGAUCAAGCUUUGCCUCCAGAGCGCCGGGCUCCAGUUACUCCUUCCUCUGCCUCUCGCUACCACCGCCGAAGGUCCUCAGGGUCACGAGAUGAGCGCUAUCGGUCAGACGUCCAUACAGAAGCUGUCCAGGCUGCGCUCGCUAAACACAAAGAAAGGAAGAUGGCAGUGCCUAUGCCUUCCAAACGCAGGUCCUUGGUUGUGCAGACCUCGAUGGAUGCCUACACACCCCCAGAUACCUCCUCUGGCUCAGAAGACGAAGGCUCGGUGCAGGGCGACUCCCAGGGCACCCCCACCUCCAGCCAGGGCAGCAUCAACAUGGAGCACUGGAUCAGCCAGGCCAUCCACGGCUCCACCACCUCCACCACCUCCUCCUCUUCCACCCAGAGUGGGGGGAGCGGCGCCGCCCACAGGCUGGCUGACGUCAUGGCUCAGACGCACCUAGAAAAUCACUCUGCACCUCCCGAUGUAACCACUUACACCUCAGAACACUCAAUACAAGUAGAAAGGCCGCAGGGCUCUACGACGUCAAGAACAGCCCCAAAGUAUGGCAAUGCCGAGCUCAUGGAGACUGGCGAUGGAGUGCCUGUAAGUAGCCGGGUAUCAGCAAAAAUCCAGCAGCUUGUCAAUACCCUCAAACGACCCAAACGACCACCAUUGCGGGAAUUCUUCGUCGAUGACUUUGAAGAACUGCUGGAAGUUCAACAACCAGAUCCAAACCAGCCAAAGCCAGAGGGAGCCCAAAUGUUGGCGAUGCGUGGGGAACAGCUGGGUGUGGUUACAAAUUGGCCCCCAUCUUUAGAAGCAGCGUUACAGCGAUGGGGGACCAUCUCACCAAAGGCCCCGUGCUUGACCACGAUGGACACGAAUGGGAAACCUCUGUACAUCCUCACUUACGGCAAACUGUGGACAAGAAGUAUGAAGGUUGCUUACAACAUUCUGCAUAAAUUAGGUACAAAACAAGAACCUAUGGUGCGACCUGGAGAUAGGGUGGCACUGGUGUUCCCCAACAAUGACCCUGCCGCCUCCAUGGUGGCUUUCUAUGGCUGCCUGCUGGCCGAAGUUGUGCCUGUGCCCAUCGAGGUGCCCCUCACAAGAAAGGACGCAGGAAGCCAGCAGAUAGGGUUCUUGCUUGGAAGCUGUGGAGUGACUGUAGCCUUGACAAGCGACGCUUGCCACAAAGGGCUGCCGAAGAGCCCGACGGGGGAGAUCCCACAGUUCAAAGGUUGGCCAAAGCUAUUAUGGUUUGUCACAGAGUCAAAACAUCUCUCUAAACCUCCUCGAGAUUGGUUCCCGCACAUUAAGGAUGCAAAUAAUGACACUGCGUAUAUCGAGUACAAGACAUGCAAGGAUGGGAGCGUGCUUGGGGUGACCGUGACGAGGAUCGCGCUUCUGACCCACUGCCAGGCCCUCACACAGGCGUGUGGCUACACAGAAGCUGAAACAAUUGUGAAUGUGUUGGAUUUCAAGAAAGACGUUGGGCUUUGGCACGGAAUCCUAACAAGCGUCAUGAACAUGAUGCACGUGAUCAGCAUCCCGUACUCGCUGAUGAAGGUGAACCCACUGUCCUGGAUUCAGAAGGUCUGCCAGUACAAAGCAAAAGUGGCCUGUGUCAAAUCCAGGGACAUGCACUGGGCAUUGGUGGCACACAGGGAUCAGAGAGACAUCAACCUCUCCUCUCUCCGGAUGCUGAUAGUGGCCGACGGCGCAAAUCCCUGGUCUAUUUCUUCCUGUGACGCAUUUCUCAACGUCUUCCAAAGUAAAGGUCUACGCCAGGAGGUCAUCUGUCCUUGCGCCAGCUCACCAGAGGCUCUCACUGUGGCCAUCAGGAGGCCCACCGAUGACAGCAACCAGCCCCCAGGCCGCGGCGUCCUCUCCAUGCACGGGCUGACCUAUGGGGUCAUCCGGGUGGACUCGGAGGAAAAGCUUUCUGUACUCACCGUGCAGGACGUCGGCCUCGUGAUGCCUGGAGCCAUCAUGUGUUCGGUGAAGCCGGACGGGGUUCCCCAGCUGUGCAGGACGGACGAAGUCGGGGAGCUCUGCAUGUGCGCGGUUGCCACGGGCACGUCCUACUACGGCCUCUCGGGUAUGACCAAGAACACCUUCGAGGUGUUCCCGGUGACGAGCUCGGGGGCCCCGGUCAGCGAGUACCCCUUCGUGAGGACCGGCCUGCUGGGCUUUGUCGGCCCUGGGGGCCUCGUGUUCGUGGUGGGCAAGAUGGACGGGCUCAUGGUGGUCAGUGGGCGCAGACACAAUGCCGAUGACAUCGUGGCCACAGCACUGGCCGUGGAGCCCAUGAAGUUCGUGUACAGGGGAAGAAUAGCCGUGUUUUCGGUGACCGUCCUGCACGACGAGAGGAUCGUGAUCGUGGCUGAGCAGAGGCCGGACUCCACGGAGGAGGACAGCUUCCAGUGGAUGAGCAGGGUGCUGCAGGCAAUCGACAGUAUACAUCAAGUUGGGGUUUAUUGUCUGGCACUGGUUCCAGCAAACACUCUCCCCAAAACCCCACUCGGUGGCAUCCAUUUGUCAGAAACGAAGCAGCUUUUCCUGGAGGGCUCACUUCACCCCUGCAAUGUCCUGAUGUGCCCCCACACGUGUGUCACAAACCUGCCCAAGCCUCGGCAGAAGCAACCAGAGAUUGGCCCUGCCUCUGUGAUGGUGGGGAACCUGGUGUCUGGGAAGAGGAUUGCACAGGCCAGCGGCAGAGACCUGGGCCAGAUAGAAGACAAUGACCAGGCCCGGAAGUUCCUGUUCCUCUCGGAGGUCCUGCAGUGGAGGGCGCAGACCACUCCUGAUCACGUGCUGUACACGCUGCUCAACUGUAGGGGCACAAUAGCGAACUCGCUGACGUGUGUCCAGCUGCACAAGCGGGCUGAGAAGAUAGCCGUGAUGCUGAUGGAGAGAGGGCACCUGCAGGAUGGGGACCACGUCGCUCUGGUCUACCCACCGGGAAUAGACCUUAUCGCAGCAUUUUAUGGUUGCCUGUAUGCAGGCUGUGUGCCAAUAACCGUCCGUCCUCCACACCCACAGAACAUCGCAACCACGCUGCCAACCGUGAAAAUGAUUGUGGAGGUGAGCCGCUCCGCCUGUUUGAUGACAACACAACUGAUCUGUAAAUUGUUACGGUCCAGGGAGGCAGCUGCAGCUGUAGAUGUCAGGGCCUGGCCCCCGAUACUGGACACAGAUGAUUUGCCAAAGAAGCGGCCUGCCCAGAUCUACAAACCUUCCAACCCAGACACACUAGCCUAUCUUGAUUUUAGUGUGUCCACGACUGGGAUGCUAGCUGGAGUGAAGAUGUCUCACGCAGCCACCAGUGCCUUCUGCCGUUCUAUUAAGCUGCAGUGUGAGCUCUACCCCUCUAGAGAAGUGGCCAUCUGCCUGGACCCUUACUGUGGACUUGGGUUUGUCCUGUGGUGCCUCUGUAGCGUGUAUUCCGGGCACCAGUCCAUCCUCAUCCCGCCUGCAGAACUGGAGACCAACCCUGCCUUGUGGCUGCUUGCCGUGAGUCAGUACAAAGUCCGGGAUACAUUUUGCUCCUACUCAGUGAUGGAACUGUGUACCAAGGGGCUGGGCUCGCAGACAGAAUCCCUCAAGGCACGAGGACUGGACUUGUCCCGCGUGCGGACCUGUGUAGUGGUGGCAGAAGAACGGCCCCGAAUAGCACUCACCCAGUCAUUCUCAAAACUGUUUAAAGACCUGGGCCUCCAUCCACGGGCUGUUAGCACCUCGUUUGGCUGUAGAGUGAACCUGGCGAUUUGCUUGCAGCCCCACCGGCUGUGGAAGCUGGCUGAGAAGGGGACCUCGGGGCCCGAUCCGACCACCGUCUACGUGGACAUGAGAGCUCUGAGACAUGACAGAGUCCGUUUAGUAGAAAGAGGAUCUCCUCAUAGUUUGCCCCUGAUGGAAUCAGGAAAAAUACUUCCAGGGGUUCGGAUCAUAAUUGCCAAUCCAGAAACAAAAGGACCAUUGGGAGACUCACACCUGGGUGAGAUCUGGGUUCACAGUGCCCACAAUGCCAGUGGUUAUUUCACUAUUUAUGGGGAUGAAUCCCUCCAGUCAGAUCACUUCAACUCAAGAUUAAGUUUUGGAGACACACAGACCGUCUGGGCACGAACAGGCUAUUUGGGGUUCCUGCGGAGAACUGAACUCACUGAUGCAAACGGAGAGCGCCACGACGCCCUCUACGUGGUGGGGGCCCUAGAUGAGGCCAUGGAGCUGCGCGGCAUGAGGUAUCACCCAAUAGACAUCGAGACCUCCGUCAUCAGAGCCCACAAAAGUGUCACGGAAUGUGCUGUGUUCACCUGGACAAAUUUGCUGGUGGUUGUGGUUGAGCUCGACGGGUCCGAGCAGGAAGCCCUGGACCUGGUCCCCCUGGUGACCAACGUGGUCCUGGAGGAGCACUACCUGGUGGUGGGGGUGGUGGUGGUGGUGGACAUCGGCGUCAUCCCCAUCAACUCCCGGGGGGAGAAGCAGCGCAUGCACCUCCGCGACGGCUUCCUGGCCGACCAGCUGGACCCCAUUUACGUGGCCUACAACAUGUAGACACUCCCAGAGGUGGGCCGUCUGCUCAGUGUCGCGAGUGUGCAGACGCCAGGGCGAGUUUCCGAGCGGAGCCUUUGCCAAGUGGUGGGGAGGAGACUUUCCACUCGUCCUGAUCGGCACGGGGAUGAGACGAGAAAUGUGAAGUUUGCUCAGAAGGACUUUGUGUUACUGCCUUCAGUUUGUUGGAAAAGCCCAUUUCAAAAACUUUUUCUUUUUUUUUUUAAUUAUUGGAUAAUAAGUGCUUUCUUCGUAAAUGUGGUAUUUUGUUAAGCCAAAAUAGCAAUUAAAAAAAUAUUCUGCCCUCCAGAUGGGUUCUUUUAAACAAUUUAUGUAGUGUAACAAAGAAUUGUUUUCUCUGUUUUAAUGUGUCAUGAAAUCUUAAUGCCAUGGACCUGCUACUAAUUUAAGCCAUUGCUGGAGCUCAUCCUUUUAGGACAGUUUGUUGAGGUACGAGAAAACCUUCCAAAUAGCACCUUCCAAUUAGAUUUUAGCAGCUUUCUUUGUCCGAAAUGUGCUGAAGAAACAGGCUAAUAAUCGGCCUUUGAAUUUUAGCAUGGAAUGAGAAGAAAUUAUAAAUAAGGUGUAUUUCGGCAAUUACCUUGCAGAUAUCUUUGUACUAAACUAAAAUGAUAAAAUAAGUUAACUUCUUAUGUAAUUAUGUACAAAACGUUUAAUUUAUUUUGAUCUCUUUAGAAGUAUAACAGAGAAAACAUUCAAGAAUAUUAAAGUCUUGUAAUGUUUGCUAAUAUAAAAAGUGUUGUAUUAUCUUGCGUGGAUAGCAUCACAACAAAUAUAUAUAUAUGAAAUAUAAAUUCACUAAGAACAAAGGAGAUUUUAAAGUUUAAAACGCAGAACCUGUCACUUGCAUGGCGUCCCCUCCACUGCACUGUAGAUAGACUCUCGCCCGUUGCUGGUGUGCGCGGCCAGACAGCCAGCAGCACAGUCGGAACCUUUCCUCUGGAACCAGAGACCAGCAAGUGGCGGUGUCGCCUCAGAGGUGGCGGAUCGGAGCUGGACGUGCACUUUUCCCUCUGCUGAGGGGUCUCGACGGAUUGUCAGUGCUGCGUGCCCACCGCACUGCACGGCCUGGGGAGCAGCUGGCCCACAGCACGCGCUCCCUCGGCCGCAAGAAUUCAUUGCACAAUGUUCCCAUCAUUUUUGUUUGUGUCACCUUUUUUUGGUCCUCGGUAUGAAAAGGAAUGUCAUUCUGUGGUCAUUUGCAGCGGGUUGUGCUGACUCCCUCAGCGGCUUUAAGGGAAGAUACUCACCAGGGAGGGGGUCAUGCCUGGGGAGCCGCCCCCACUGCCGGGACAACAGAGCUACUGGCUGGGGCAGGAGGCCCCCAACGCCCCCUCUUCCCCCCCACACACCCCACCCCCGUCACCGCACCUCC